AUGGUGGACCUAUCGGCCCCACAUCCUUUGUCAGAACCUACAGUAGAGCUAUCGGCCCCUCGUCCUUUGUCAGAACCUACGGUGGAGCUAUCGGCGCCUCAUUCUUUAUCAGAACCUAUGGUUGACCUAUCGGCCCCACAUCCUUUGUCAGAACCUACGGUAGAGCUAUCGGCCCCUCAUCCUUUGUCAGAACCUACGGUGGAGCUAUCGGCCCCUCAUCCUUUGUCAGAACCUACGGUAGAGCUAUCGGCCCCUCGUCCUUUGUCAGAACCUACGGUGGAGCUAUCGGCCCCUCAUCCUUUGUCAGAACCUAUUGUAGAGCUAUCGGCCCCUCAUCCUUUGUCAGAACCUAUGGUGGACCUAUCGGCCCCACAUACUUUGUCAGAACCUACGGUAGAGCUAUCGGCCCCUCAUCCUUUGUCAGAACCUACGGUAGAACUAUCGGCCCCUCAUCCUUUGUCAGAACCUAUGGUGGACCUAUCGGCCCCACAUCCUUUGUCAGAACCUACGGUAGAGCUAUCGGCCCCUCAUCCUUUGUCAGAACCUACGGUAGAGCUAUCGGCCCCUCAUCCUUUGUCAGAACCUACGGUGGAGCUAUCAGCCCCUCAUCCUUUGUCAGAACCUAUGGUGGACCUAUCGGCCCCACAUCCUUUGUCAGAACCUACUAGAGCUAUCGGCCCCUGGUCCUUUGUCAGAACCUACGGUGCCCCUCAUUCUUUUUCAGAACCUAUGGUGGACCUAUCGGCCCCACAUCCUUUGUCAGAACCUACGGUAGAGCUAUCGGCCCCUCGUCCUUUGUCAGAACCUACGGUGGAGCUAUCGGCCCCUCAUCCUUUGUCAGAACCUACGGUAGAGCUAUCGGCCCCUCAUCCUUUGUCAGAACCUACGGUGGAGCUAUCGGCCCCAUAUCCUUUGUCAGAACCUAUGGUGGACCUAUCGGCCCCACAUCCUUUCAGAACCUCAGAGCUAUCGGCCCCUCGUCCUUUGUCAGAACCUACGGUGGAGCUAUCGGCCCCUCAUCCUUUGUCAGAACCUACGGUGGAGCUAUCAGCCCCUCGUCCUUUGUCAGAACCUACGGUGGAGCUAUCGGCCCCUCAUCCUUUGUCAGAACCUACGGUAGAGCUAUCGGCCCCUCAUCCUUUGUCAGAACCUAUUGUAGAGCUAUCGGCCCCUCAUCCUUUGUCAGAGCUAUCGGCCCCUCAUCCUUUGUCAGAACCUACGGUGAACCUAUCGGCCCCACAUCCUUUGUCAGAACCUACGGUAGAGCUAUCGGCCCCUCAUCCUUUGUCAGAACCUACGGUAGAGCUAUCGGCCCCUCGUCCUUUGUCAGAACCUACGUUGAAGAUAGACCCCUCAUCCUUUGUCAGAACCUAUGGUGGACCUAUCCCUCAUCCUUUGUCAGAACCUACGGUAGAGCUAUCGGCCCCUCAUCCUUUGUCAGAACCUACGGUGGAGCUAUCAGCCCCUCAUCCUUUGUCAGAACCUAUGGUGGACCUAUCGGCCCCACAUCCUUUGUCAGAACCUACAGUAGAGCUAUCGGCCCCUCGUCCUUUGUCAGAACCUACGGUGGAGCUAUCGGCGCCUCAUUCUUUGUCAGAACCUAUGGUGGACCUAUCGGCCCCACAUCCUUUGUCAGAACCUACGGUAGAGCUAUCGGCCCCUCGUCCUUUGUCAGAACCUACGGUGGAGCUAUCGGCCCCUCAUCCUUUGUCAGAACCUACAGUAGAGCUAUCGGCCCCUCAUCCUUUGUCAGAACCAAUGGUGGACCUAUCAGCCCCACAUCCUUUGUCAGAACCUACGAUAGAGCUAUCGACCACUCAUCCUUUGUCAGAACCUACGGUGGAGCUAUCAGCCCCUCAUCCUUUGUCAGAACCUAUGGUGGACCUAUCGGCCCCACAUCCUUUGUCAGAACCUACAGUAGAGCUAUCGGCCCCUCGUCCUUUGUCAGAACCUACGGUGGAGCUAUCGGCGCCUCAUUCUUUGUCAGAACCUAUGGUGGACCUAUCGGCCCCACAUCCUUUGUCAGAACCUACGGUAGAGCUAUCAGCCCCUCAUCCUUUGUCAGAACCUACGGUGGAGCUAUCGGCCCCAUAUCCUUUGUCAGAACCUACAGUAGAGCUAUCGGCCCCUCGUCAUUUGUCAGAACCUACGGUGGAGCUAUCGGCCCCUCAUCCUUUGUCAGAACCUACGGUAGAGCUAUCGGCCCCUCAUCCUUUGUCAGAACCUACGGUAGAGCUAUCGGCCCCUCAUCCUUUGUCAGAACCUAUUGUAGAGCUAUCGGCCCCUCAUCCUUUGUCAGAACCUACGGUGGACCUAUCGGCCCCACAUCCUUUGUCAGAACCUACGGUAGAGCUAUCGGCCCCUCAUCCUUUGUCAGAACCUACGGUGGAGCUAUCGGCCCCUCGUCCUUUGUCAGAACCUACGGUGGAGCUAUCGGCCCCUCAUCCUUUGUCAGAACCUACGGUGGAGCUAUCGGCCCCUCAUCCUUUGUCAGAACCUACGGUAGAGCUAUCGGCCCCUCAUCCUUUGUCAGAACCUAUUGUAGAGCUAUCGGCCCCUCAUCCUUUGUCAGAACCUACGGUGAAGAUAUUGAGUCCCCAUCCUUUGUCAGAACCUACGGUAGAGCUAUCGGCCCCUCAUCCUUUGUCAGGACCUACGGUAGAGCUAUCGGCCCCUCAUCUUUUGUCAGAACCUAUAUUCUUAUAG